UCCGACUGUCUCGAAGGCCCCGCCCCCUCGGCUCAACUGACCGUGCAGAAGCAACUUAUGCGUGGGAACAAAACUUCUUACAUUUCGCUGAAUUAUUAAGCUUUAUGUGGCAUAACGUAUUAUAAACACAUCACGUUUUCACUUAAAGCAUAUUAAUGCGCACAUAAUGACGCGAGAGGAGGACCUGUUGCGGAUUGCUAAAAAACUAGACAAGAUGGUGUCUAGAAAUAACAUGGAUGGAGCUAUAGAUCUUCUGAGAGAAUUGAAAGAUUUCAACAUGACACUGAAACUUCUUCAGGAUACAAGAAUUGGCAUGUCUGUAAACGGAAUAAGAAAACAUUGCACAGAUGAGGAUGUUGUCAACUUGGCAAAGAUCCUUAUCAAAAACUGGAAGAAGCUUUUAGAAUCAGCUCAAAACCAAAAGUCUGAGAGGUCGAAUGAGGUGAAGAAUGGCAGUCUUCCGAGCAAGCCAUCAGGGUCACCCAGCAGAACCUCUCCUGAGUCCAGUCCACGAAGGUCAACAACAGAAAUUAAACCAGACUUAGACUCUAACAAGAAACACGAUGAAAAACACAGAAGAGAGAAACGUGAUGCAGAGCUCAGGAACAAAAAACGAGAAAGUGAACAGAAAAAAGAGAAACAGUCUAAUAACAAUAAAAAGGAACGAGAGAGGAGAGAUGUAUUGAACAGUGAUCAUCUCCCUCCCCCGAUGACGCAUUCAUCUCUGCCUCCCAAGUGUCCUUCUGUUGGGGAAGUAAAGAGGGAGAGGAAAGAUGCUCCUGUUGAUUUUUUCCCUCCUGCUUCGAUCAAUUCCCACCCUCCUCAAAGACGCUCAUCGGUAGAUGUAAAGAAAGAGAGAAAAGACAUUCAGGGUCAUUUACAGUCUUCUCUUCAGUCUCAUCCUCUUAAACGUCCCUCCAUAGAUGGAAAGAAAGAAAGGAGAGAUGCACCUCCUCCUCUUUUUCCUCUUCAUCAUCACCUUCAUCCUCCACUUCCUCCUCCUCCUAUUCCUAUCCCUAAGCGUUCAUCAGAGGUGAAGAAAGAAAGAAAAGAUCCUCCUGAAACUUUACCUCCUCCUGCUCCUAUCCUUUCUUCUCCUCCUCCUCCCAAACGUCCAUCACUAGAAGAACCCAAAGAAAGGGCAAAAAAAGCACCUGAUCCGAAUGCCCCGCUUCCUCCUUUACCUUUUUAUUUGCAUCCUCCUCAGAAACGCGAGAUGAAGAAAGAGAGAAAAGAAACAGUUGAACCCAGUGCUUCUCUUCCUCCGGUUCCUCUUCAUCUUCAGCCUCCUACACCGACAAAACGUCCCUCAUUAGACACAAAGAAAGACAAAGAGAAAGAAAGUAAAGAUACAUCAGACCUGAGGCGGCGGACGUCUGAACAUAAUGAAAAAGAUAGAAAAGACACAAAUGACAGUAAACCACUCAAAAGGCCAUCAAUGAAGAUCAAGAUCGAGAGAAAAGACUCAACAGAUUCUAAAAAGCCCCAUUCUAGAAAGCUCAGCCUGGAUGGACGGAGAGACAGUAGGGACUCUACUGACUCCAAGUCGAGCCAUCACCUUUUUAAAAGACAAUCAAGUGAACCUAAAUUGGAGAGGAGAGAUUCUACUAACUCAAGGUCUGGCAGCUCACCUCAGGCCAAGAAAUCUAGUGAAAGCAAGAGUAAACCAGAGACCCCGAAGACGCCCACAACACCCACAAGCCCCCUCUCUCCAUCGUUUAGCUCUGGUAUGGGUCCUUUAUCUCCUCGUCUGCAAACCGGGGAUCCCAUCAGGGACAAAUGCAUCGAAAUGCUGGCCGCUGCACUACGUACAGAUGAUGACUACAAAGACUAUGGGACAAACUGUGAGGGCAUGGCUGCAGAAAUCGAGGAUCAUAUCUACCAGGAGAUAAAAGCCACAGACAUGAAAUACAAGAACAGAGUUCGCAGCCGUAUAAGUAACCUCAAAGAUCCCAAAAAUCCCAAUCUGCGUAAAAAUGUUUUAGCUGGAGCCAUCGAUUUGAACCGCAUCGCCAUCAUGACUGCUGAGGAGAUGGCUAGUGAUGAGCUCAAACAGUUGAGGAACGUGAUGACCCAGGAGGCCAUCCGAGAACAUCAGAUGGCAAAGACUGGAGGAACCACCACUGACCUGCUGCAGUGUGGCAAGUGCAAGAAGAAAAACUGCACCUACAACCAGGUGCAAACCCGCAGUGCUGAUGAACCAAUGACCACCUUUGUGUUGUGCAAUGAAUGUGGUAACCGCUGGAAGUUCUGCUAACCUGAAGCCAGAACUCCAAGAACUAUGACCAUGUAGGAUUCCUCAUCUUUUUAUGUUUUAAUUUGAAAGAGAAAGACAUAUGAGCUUCUACGCCACCAGCAAAUGGCCCCAGAUUUAUAAUACGUAAAUUAAAGCUGCAGUACGUAACUUUUUUUUAUUUCAAAAUGUACAGCAUUUAUAUAAUAAGUGAGUACACAAUGAAUCCACACUUUGUUUUUGGCUUGUCCUGAAUCACUACAGUAUACCUAUAAUAAGUGUUUAUAUUUAUAAUAUUUCUUUAUAAUAUAAUAUAUAUUUAUAAUAUAUUAUAAUAUUGACUGUUUCAGGUAGGUACCGCUUUGGAGUACCUGCGUCAUUUGACAUACACAUAAACAGAGAGAAGUAGCUCCGCCUACAGUCUUAUUCCAUGAGAUUCAUGCAGUUCUCUUUAAUGCCCACUAGAACGCCAAAAGUUACAAACUGCAGCUUCAAAUCUUUCAACAUCUCCGUUACCUAUGUAACCUUUUUAAUUUUACAGAGAUGUCACAUCGGUGACUGACAAACUGAAAAAGAACACAACAUGGCAAAGAGGGUGUUCUGUUUAUUCAUAAUUGAAGUGAAAAUUAAUUACCUAGGAAAUGUAAAUCUGUUUAAAUUGUACACUUUUAUACUGUUUUAUGAAAUACCAGUAUACUUUUUUUUUUACUUGAUUAAUCAUUUUAUUAUAAAGAAUCCUAUUUGGGGUCAGAUAUUAAAAAUUAAAAAGGCAAUUAAAAAUUUUAAAUUAAAUGUCAUUUAUAAAGAGAAUCCUAAUUAUUUUGAAUGUAGCAGCUAUAAUGUUUAGUACAACACAAAUAAUUAUUUUAAAUGGAUCUGAAACGGAUCUGAAACUUUCUUUUUUUAAUUAUGGUGAUACAUAUGGUGUUAUAGAGAAAAAAAGUGGUUUAAAAGUGGUUUAAUUCAAAUAAUAAAUGUAAUAUUGAUUUGAAUAAAUUGUUAUAUUGA